AUGAACAUAUCCUGUAACUUUAGCCAGAAGUUCUGGCCACCCUCGGUCACCUACCUGUCCAUGGCCUACACAGGCCUGAUGCUGGUGGCCGGCCUGCUGCUCAACGCCGUGGCUCUGUGGGUGCUGUGCUGCCGCCUGCCGCGGUGGACGGAGACGCGCAUCUACAUGGUCAACCUGGCGGCGGCCGACCUGUGGCUGCUCUGCGCCCUGCCCUUCGUGCUGCACACCCUGAAGACGGAGACGCAGGACGCGCUCUUCUGCUCCUUCUCCCAGGGCAUCUACCUGCUCAACAGGUACAUGAGCAUCAGCCUCAUCACGGCCAUCGCCGUGGACCGCUACCUGGCCGUGCGGCACCCGCUGUGCGCCCGCGGGCUCCGCUCGCCCCGCCAGGCGGUGGCCGUGUGCGCUCUGCUCUGGGUGCUGGUGGGAGGCUCGCUGGUGGUCCGCUCGUUGCUGGGCAUGCAGGAGAAUAGAGGCUGCUUCUUUGGCCAGUCGUCGAACCACAUGGUGAUCUUCUCGCUGCUGGGCUUCUACCUGCCGAUGCCUGUGCUCGUCUUCUGCUCUCUGCAGGUGGUGACUGGCCUGGCCCAGCGGCCAGCAGCAGACUCGGCCCAGGUGGAGGCCACCCAGAAGGCCACUCGCAUGGUCUGGGCCAACCUGGUGGUGUUCAUAGUCUGCUUCCUGCCACUGCACCUGGUGCUGACCGUGUUCCUGGCCAUGAACCCACCCACUUGCUCCCAGUACCAGGCCAUCAUCACCUCCUCAAUCCACUUCACCUCCAUGCUGUCCAACUCCAAUUGCUGCCUGGACGCCAUCUGCUACUACUACAUGGCCAAGGAGUUCCAGGAGGCCCGCGUGGCCAACCCUAGGGUCAAGGCCCACAAGAGCCAGACCUCCCUGUCCAUGACCCUUACUUAG